AUGCCGUUGAGGCGGCGUGAUUCCGCUCAGGCAAGCGGCUCUCGCUCUCAGCAACGCAAGUCGAAGUCACGUCGCUCAGAGGAAGCGCGCUCCGACACCGCAAGCCCUUCUUACUCUACUCCGUCCCCGUCUUAUCCGCACACCAACGGAUCCGCAUCCACUUCGGAUCAUGCACGUCGUGCUAAGCUCGGCGAUUUGUUCUCGUUCCGCAACGCCAGCAGGAGCGUCAAAGCAGCUCAGCUCUGCAUCGAGCUGCUCGACAGCAGCGAUGAGGAGGCAGCCCCAUACAUCACCGCCCUGUCACACCAGCGAAAAGACGAACCAGACCUGGAUGACGUCGUCACUCCCGAACUUCCUCCCGCUGAUGAGUUCGCGCCGCCACUUCCGAGCUCACCCUCCGACACGUUCGCAACGCCAGAGCCGCCACCAACAGACGUCAUCGUACAAGCAGAGGUGGACAUUGCUUCCGAAAAACAGCUCGAUCUGGACGGUGAACGCGAGCCUAGUCCUCCGAUAGAGUCGCCGCCAGAUCCGCUGGCCAACCAGCGUCCGUUAUUCGAUCCCAAGGAGCUCGAGAUGCAGCCUCUCUACGACGAGCUCAAAGUACUCCUCGAGACCGAGCAGAUCAGCGAUGCAGACGACGACGACGAAGAUUACGAACAGCGUCGUCUCCGCAAGUUGCGUGCCAACGACGCACUCCUUGCCCAGCUUGGCCUGGCUGGAGCGAAUAGCUUCUCGGUUCCUGUAGAGGAGGCAGACGCGGGCUCUGACCAUGCGCAGGAUCAAGACGACGGCCAAUCUCCGGUACCUCAGCGUGAGACUCCAGCUCGUGGCCGAGGCCGACCUGCAAAGCGUGGUCGCUCCAACUCGGCGCGCCCUUCCGAUCCCGCGCUCGAGACGCGCACACCGAAGAGGAAGAAGUAUCCUCCCAAAGUCAAGUUUGCAGACGACGGUACCACCAAAUCUGCGCCGCCAAAAGGACAAAUCUUCACCGUCGCCUUUGUCGAGAUAUCGUCGCUGCGCAACCGAGCGAGGAACGAUUACGUAUUCAUUCGUGAUGUGCCUGACAUUCGACCAGAAGAUCUGGUCUCGUGGAGUGAAGACGAGGACGAGCAAGAAGACGACGCCGAUGCAGAGGAUGAGAUCGAGGCAGAUUUGGUGGACCAGAAGGAGCCCCGCAAGGGGAAGCGUGCCCGGCAACCCGACGUGCUCCCGGACGGCACCAUCCUGUCGUCUUGCCACCAAUGCAGACGCAAGACGUCUAAUCUCAAGAUGCAUUGCAGCAGGGUAGGAUGUACGCUCAUGUUCUGCCAACGCUGCAUCACUAUUCGUUACGACGACGUAGUUUUCAAUCCUUCCGCUCUAAACUUCGUCUGCCCAAAGUGUCUUGGCUUUUGCAAUUGCUCAAUCUGUCUCAGGCGUUCAGGUCUCGGCGACUUGGUUCACCAGACCCGAGAUAGGUUGGCCUUCUCUCGAGGACGACAAAAGCACGCAACACAACACGGACCUGACGGCGAAGAAGUUAACGCCGGCGACAAUGGCGCAGACAAGGCCGCGUUCGCAAACGAAGGGGAGACAAAACUCAAGAAACGCAGAUCGUACACUGAGACGGUCAAGAACAAGUCUUCCGACAGUGACUCGCUCGUUCACGGUCCGUCAAAGCGUCGCGGAAGGCCGCCCAAGAAGCGAGAGGCAGGUCUUGCCUUUGUACCGGUCAAGAUCGAGCUGGACUUGUCCGAUGAAGUUGCCGAAGGAGAAGUUUUCAGUCCGCUGGAGGAGUACGUCCUUGGCAGGUUACAUGUGGCUCGACGCAUCCUCAAAUUGAUGGCAGGCAAGCAACCCGUCACAAAGAAGGCUUCUUCCUCAGACGUUAUCACAUCGAGGUCAAAGCUUAUCGUGAAGCUCAGGGCUCGACCGCUUGCUUUGGCCGCAGGGAGGACAUUCACGGUGGCCGAAAGCACCGAAGACCAGAAGCUGGCUGAUAGCUCCCAAGGGACUUUGGCUCACCCGGUACAGAAGAGCACAAAGACACCGAACUACCACGAUGCGGAGAAAGACGUCUGGGUGCGCAGCGCCGCCGAUUACAGCGCAUCAGAGUCCCAGAACGGCUCGGCAGACGACGAUGAGGAGGACAUGCUCGACGCGGACGAGACAGUAUUUGAAGAAGGUCGCACUCAAACCUUCGCAGCAUCGCUUCUACAAAGUCAGGAUCCGAAUAGCUCAACAACCAGCAGAAGGAGCUCGCCCCUGACCAGCUUGGACGAACUCGAUGACUCGUCUGACGUGUCUUCUCAAUUCGACAACGCGGCCAACGACGUCUCCCGCGAGGCCGACGAUUCCGGUGAGGAGCCCGACACGUCGACACAAGCAUCUGCAGAAGUUCCCUUUUCUUCAUCCUCGCUCGGCAUGCCGCAGCACAUGCAACAGCUCGCUCUUGCUGUAUUGGAUGACCACGGCGAGUCCGACAAAGUGAUGCAGGCAGGUGUUGUGCGACUUCAAGACUCGUUGGUGUUUCCAUCUGUCUCUGGCCCGGAAGUCGGGCAUUUGGGUGGUUCGCUCAACACGCAAUCAGGCGCAGCUACGCCGCGAUCGUUCAGAGACGUCGCAUGUGCGGAUCUCGACGACGCAUAA